GUGCUCCUUGUCCUCACGCGACUUUGGGCCAACUCUCCAUCCAUCACCAAUAAGCAAUUUUGUUUUGGCUCAUGCCACGCUAUUCAACUUCCAACGGGACGUAGUGCUUGGUGAAUGUGGCUAUUGUUUAUUCCCGGUGCAUGGCCGAUCCUCGAACGUCUCCUUGUCUCUAUGCGGACAAUGGUCCGCCGCGUGAGCAAAAUUCACCCGACCAGGUCUCGUCGGCUUAUACUUGCUCGCAUACUAGCUUGGACCUGGCAAGCCAGACAGGAUCUAGGGGGCAAUAACUUGCCAGUAGUUCGCAUCUAUGGCCACACGAACGCCGGGAUUUGUAGUCCGGUCAAUCUUGUCCGGCGAUGACAAGACUGUGGGAACAACAGACCCCGGCAAAUUUUAUGGUGAUCAGAUAUGAGAAUCCGGUCUUCUGGCUCCUAUUGGCCAUUAUUAGGCGCUGUUGCUCCGGACGCAGCUGAUCAAGGUUUCACGCGCUCGUGGCUGAAACAUCCCGACUGAGGGUCAGGAUAGCGUUUCCUGUGCGGGAAUGCGGAGGGCAAGUGUGCAGUACAAUCCACCGGGUCAUUCUCGACGCAUGAAGUGGCCGGCGAUCGUGGAUCUUCUUCCACGGAUCAAGUCAGAAGACUUUGAUAGGCCGUGGUGACGCAUACUGCGUGCUUCUAUGCGACAGGGGUUGGCCUUAGUGCCAUCUAGAAGAUGACAAACUAGUCUGUGAUCAGUUCGAUCCAUACUUCCGAACUUGACUAGGUG